AUGAAAGAUCCAAGAUGGAUAAUGGAGGGCGAGGCAAUGGCCGGGCUUGUCAAGCUAAGAAGGCUGUCAGACAAGAGCUAUCUCGGGCUCUCAGGGUACAGAUACAAGACACACAUCCAGGUGUAUGUCCUGACAAAGAUCUUCGAGAUCACACAGUAUCCUUCGCAUGACACAAGGCAGAAUCUGGCCAUCCUGCUGAACAUGUCCCCAAGAACCAUACAGAUAUGGUUCCAGAACUCACGGUCUGUCUCGAGAGGCGCAGCAAAGAAGAAGGUCUCUAAAGACAAUGGCCCACAGGAAGCCCCGAAGGCCAAGAUUGUCAGCAACCUCACUGUGCCUGUUAAAUACAUCACAUGGCUGAUCUUGAGCUAUCCAUCAUAUUCCCAGAUAGGAAAUUAA